UUAGGAAACACACGCGGAUAACAUUCCCGCAAAUCCAAAAUCUCAUUCAUACCCACUUACCCUUCAAACUAACGUCCAACACUCUCUCUCUCUCUCCUCUUUCUCUCUCCUCUGAGCUUCAAUCAGUACUGAAAAUGGCGAUUUCACCUCAUCUCAGCCAUAUCUUCACCUCCACUAAACAUCACUUACCGGAAAGUUACACUCGUUCGAUUUUCUAUCGUAAGACUCACCUGACCGUCCGAUGCUCUGGCGGUGAUUCUCUGUCUUCAUCUUCCGCCGGUGAUACCAAUUUCGACGCUAAGAAGUUUCAUCAUAACUUGACGAGAAGUGAUAAUUACAAUCGCAAAGGUUUUGGACGCAAAGAAGAAACUCUUCAACUCAUGAACCGCGAGUAUACUAGUGACAUAGUAGAGACUCUGAAGGACAAUGGUUUCGAGUAUACAUGGGGAAAUGUCACGGUGAAGUUGGCAGAAGCUUUUGGAUUUUGCUGGGGUGUGGAGCGAGCAGUUCAGAUUGCAUACGAAGCAAGGACACAGUUUCCUAGUGAGAGAAUCUGGAUCACUAAUGAAAUAAUUCACAACCCAACAGUUAAUAAGCGACUGGAAGAAAUGGAAGUGCAGAAUAUCCCUCUUGAGGAUGGAAAGAAGCAAUUUGAGGUUGUUGACAAAGGUGAUGUUGUGAUUUUGCCAGCUUUUGGAGCUGCUGUGGAAGAAAUGUUGACUUUGAGUGAAAAGAAAGUACAAAUAGUAGAUACAACUUGUCCUUGGGUAAAUAAGGUGUGGAACGUUGUGGAGAAGCACAAGAAAGGAGAUUAUACUUCAAUUAUUCAUGGGAAAUAUGCUCACGAGGAGACCAUUGCAACUUCAUCUUUUGCUCAGACAUACAUAAUCGUGAAGAAUAUGAAGGAGGCAACUUAUGUGUGUGAUUAUAUUCUUGGCGGGAAACUUGAUGGGUCUAGUUCAACCAGAGAGGCUUUUCUAGAGAAAUUUAAAUAUGCUGUUUCCAGUGGUUUUGAUCCAGACACGGAUCUUAUAAAAGUUGGAAUAGCAAACCAAACUACUAUGCUCAAGGGAGAAACAGAAGAAAUUGGAAAGCUGGUUGAGAGAACUAUGAUGCGGAAAUACGGAGUUGAGAAUGUAAACAACCAUUUCAUGAGUUUCAACACAAUUUGUGAUGCUACUCAGGAGCGACAAGAUGCUAUGUAUAAAUUGGUGGAUGAAAAGAUAGAUCUUAUAUUGGUGAUUGGAGGCUGGAACUCCAGCAACACCUCUCAUUUGCAAGAGAUAGCCGAGGAGCGUGGGAUUCCCUCAUAUUGGAUUGACAGUGAACAAAGAAUAGGCCCUGGAAACAAAAUAAGUUACAAGCUAAUGCAUGGCGAGCUAGUUGAGAAAGAAAAUUGGCUACCAGAAGGUCCUAUCACUAUUGGGGUAACAUCCGGUGCUUCUACCCCAGAUAAGGUCGUGGAAGAUGCCUUGAUCAAAGUGUUCGAACUUAAACGGGAAGAAUUGUUACAGCAUGAGACGGUAGCUGCUUGAGAGUCUGAGGUAGUGAUGUAUAGUUUAUAAACAUGAAUCUAAGGGCUGUAUUUGUGAUAAGACUGAUAUUGUGUAGCAAUUAAUUUAUACAUGUACGAAAUGGUGAAUUUCCCUAGCUAGCUCACCAAAGUUGCAUGUAAUUAUAGCUUGAGCCUUUGAGGCAGUGUGCUAUAUUAAAAUGAAGUUUAAUUGCAGAUUUACAAAGUUGAAAGUA